GCAACUGAACCCUCUGGACAGAGAAAAUUCCGCUUUUCAUUGCGCUCGGCCGGAAAAGUGCGCCGGGAUUUUUUCUUCCCACGGAAAGGACUUUCCUUCUUUCUCUCGCCGAGGUGCUCCGGCUUUUGGGAGAGUCGCCUUCUUUCACUUUUGAAGCUCUGUGUUUGGCAACUGUUGCGACGGUCCUUCGGAAGAGCAGGAAGGAAGUAGGAUUCCUUUCAAGCAAUGCCAGUGCGGGAAGCCUCAUCAAUCUGAACCACUAUCGACAAAGAUGAUGGACUGCUCGAUUUUCCCCCCUGUUAAGUACACGGAGCACCGGUCGAGGUCCCAUAAAGUAGUAGCGAGGGCGGCGGCCGGGAAGUCGAGAACCACCACCGGAGACCGUCGGAGUUCGGCCGACACCGUUGCUCCGAAGCUCGUGCGCCUCAUCGUUACCGACGCGGACGCCACGGACUCAUCCAGCGACGAGGAAGAGUUCUUCUCUUUUUGGCAACACCGAGUGAAGCGCUACGUCCACGAGAUCGACCUGCAGACCUCGUGCUCGUCCUCCAGCCUAUCUACCACAGCGGCUCUCUCCACAUCUGGCGUCGCGGUCCCUUUUGGUGGCAAGAAGAAAAAUGGCAAGCUAUCCGACUCGAAGGCGAGGCGACGGCCAAAGGGUUCCGCUUCCGGCAACUCCUCGAGCGGCCGGAAGUUCCGAGGCGUCCGGCAGCGACCGUGGGGGAAAUGGGCGGCCGAGAUCCGGGACCCGUCUCGUCGCGUCCGCCUCUGGCUCGGCACCUAUGACACCGCCGAGGAGGCCGCCAAGGUCUACGACAACGCCGCGAUACAGCUCCGGGGCCCCGACGCUAUGACCAACUUCACCCCCACCAUCAAAACGACAACCACCACCAUGGCCACCACCGUCACCGCCACUACGACGCCCGAGUCAACGCCUGCGAAAACCGAUAUUGAGACGAAUCCCACCAGCGUAUCGGGUUACGACUCGGGAGAGGAGCUCUUGGACCUCUCUUCCCCUACGUCCGUGCUCCGGUGUUGCAACUCUUCCGACGAGCAGAAACCCUCGAAGGGAGAGGAGGUCGACGGCAUUGCUGGCGGCCAGGCGGAAUGGCCGGAUGCAGGCGAUACCUUCCCGUUCGACUUGCCAUUCUCGCCGGGAGGCUUCCUGGACUUGGGCGGCGACGAGGCCGGUCUCUUCGGCGAGUUCGACCCGGAGGAGUUCAGCGAUGCCCUCCUCGCCGAUGUGGGGUCGUGGUCGCCGAUUCCCUCGCCAUGGGCCGACUGCCUUGUGGACAAGUGCUCGUUCGAGAUCGGCGAUUUCUUUUCUUCCGACGCCUUCCUCGCCACCCCUCCUCCCCAGGCGUCCGUCUAACUGCGUCCCGGGUCUCUUCUCUCUGUACCGGCAGUUUUGUUUUGACUCGACCGAUUCGCAACGAGUCGUCUCCCUCUUUCCCAGUACUCCCCCCCUUUCUUCUUUUAUUUGUUUAUUUAUUUUCCCCCCUUUUUGUUUGGCCCGUCAAACAUAAAAUUUUCCCCACUUUUCUCUUUUCUUUCUCCUGCGAAAAUAUGUAUCUAAUCUCUAGAGUGAAAAUGUCGUUGAUGUUUGGCUAUUUGGCUUUUGCUUGAGUGAAAGGAUGAAGAUUCUUGUUUGCA